AUGAACAUACAUUAUCUGGUGGCAUUUUGGAAAAAACAGAUCUCGAUUUUGCCAGGCACACCAGCGCCGUUGGUGGCAAUCAAACCAUUGCCACCACCAAAAACCGGUGAUGUCCGCGCGGUGAUCGAUGCAGCGCCAUUGCUGCCCACUGACCGUGUUUCAGAUUGGCAACCCCCAUUGCCACCGCCGCCACCGCCUCCACCACAGACACCACCACCUCCGCCGCCUCCGCCGCCACCAGCAAGUAAGACAACUGCCAAACCGUCUGGUCCCAUUCCGGGCACCGAGGACGUGAAGGACACCAAAGAUGCUGGGAGCACAUCCGCUGACGUGCCUGCAAAAUGCCAAAGCAAAGGAACUGAUGUGAACAACUCCAAGGCAAAACAGGCGAUGUUUUGCAAUGACGAGGUCGAUUUGUCGGCGUUGAUCAUUUUCAGCGACGCUUCCGCGUUGGGCGUGGCGGAAGUGGCUAGGGAGCUUCUUUGGCAGAAUGAAUGCCAUAUUCUCGUGGACCGGCCCUGUGAGCUGACUGCUGCGGAUUUGCGGUUGCUGGGGCUGCAACCAUGGUUCAUGAAGGACGGUCAACGCCAUCAAAACCGGAGCUGGUGGGAACAUCUGCAGAACCAGCGGCAUUGGCUAUUUGUGGUUCGCCGUUCAGGCGCUUUGGCGCUGCUACUGCAAAUAUGUUUUGGCCCUACAGUUCGUCGCCGGCAUCUUCGCAGCAGCUCCUAUGGCCCAUUCCACAGCAAGUGGCCUUUUUUGCAAGUUCCAGAAGGGAUGCGGCCAUUGCCCAAACCGAUGAUUCCUUCUUUGCAACAUUUGCUGCAAGUGCCAGAGUCACCUGGAGUGGGUUUUGGGGCACCUGCAGCUGCAACAACGUGCCACUCGCGAUUGCACGCCAUGGCAGUGGUAGCACAAGUAUCACCAGAACUCGUUCAACACCAAGAGGUCGCGCUUGUAGUGCCGGCGAUUGUCGGGGAGGAACAAUUUGACGAGUUGAAGAUGAUACUUUCACGUGCUCCGUUGAGCUAUGUCGAGCUAUUCAGUGCGACGGGCAAUGACAUGGUGCCAAUAUGCGGAGGGCCAAUUCAAUGUCUGGCAGCCAUUUCAAAGUCUGGUGAGAAGACACCCACGGCUUUGCCUUUCACAGCUUUGCAGCAAGGAUUGGGUUGCGUCGCCAAAGACGUAUGGCUCUCGCUACAAGACGGCAAGCAAGGUUUGGCCAGAGUUGUGCUGUUUUCGCGAGUAGCAGCAGCCCAAGAAGUCCAGGCAAUGACCAAUCUCAGUUCGCAAGCGGCUGGCCAGGAUGUCAAGUGCAGCCUGCGUGAGGCUUACAAGUCUUUGGUGGACAAGAACGCUGCUUUGAUUUGGCGGCCUGGCCAUGUUGAUCAGAUCAUCGCCUCCGUUUGGCCACAGUUUGCAGUUCCGCGCGCAGACGGCUCGUUCUCGUUGUCCUUGGCAGAUCGUUGUGUGCGACUGGCUGGCCUUGACGGCGUAGAGCACGAUGCUGGCGUGUUGGCGACUGGCAGGCCUCGGCGAGAUUUGACGUCCUGGCCCAAAAGCGCGGUCAAGGAAGUGUCUCGCGAGAUUGGGACAGAGGUCAUGAUCUCGACACAGAGGAUCUUGGUGCAGGAAGUGGCAGACGAAAGGCACGCGUCCGCCAUGUCCAGCGCGCGGCUCGCGCUUAGAAAGCUGACGCUUCUAAAGCUCUGCAGAGGUUGCCACGGAACGUUCAGCUGUGCUGUGCUUCACUUCCCCCGCGAAGCUGCCGCGGAGGACCAUCUUUGGGCCAGCGUCGCUGUCCGAAAGGGAAUUCCUUGGCGACCCCUGGACAAGCAUCCUGAGGCCUACCUGCAGAAGACGCACUGUGCUGGGGUGAAGCUGACUGCGGCGGAGCUGAGUUCUUUGGAGGUGGAAGGCGGGCUGCGCGACGCUGCACGGUUCCCCGCAGGUAUGCAGGCUGCAAUCCCCAGACCCAUCAUGCCUCCUCCUCCUCCAGAGGAGGAUGACGAGCUAUAG